AUGAAGCGCUUUGCUUCCUUCGGCAAGAAACUGCAGCAUCUUUGUAGUUUCUGGCGUUUCAAACUCGCCCGUUUCUGCAGAUCAACCUGCUUCCUACUCGAGUGUUCCUACCGCUGUGUCCUCCUCCGCGUGAAUCCUUUCUUGUUUCACCUCUUUUAUUUCAUCUCCCUUUCCUUCCUGGGCUUCUGGGUUCUGAAAGUUAUGAAGCCAAGAACAGACCCUUUCUUUCGGCCCAGGAACUUGGAUUUGUUCUUCACUUCGGUAUCGGCCGCGACGGUCUCGAGCAUGUCCACGGUGGAAAUGGAGGUUUUCUCCAAUGGCCAACUUAUAGUAUUAACCAUACUGAUGCUCAUAGGUGGAGAGGUCUUCACCUCCAUGGUUGGGCUUCACUUGAAGGCCUCCAAGCUCAAGAAACCCGCAUGGACGACUAAAACCGAAGGCAGAGUCCUCUCGAUUAGCAGCAGCAGCAAGGGUUCUUCGAGUACUCCUAGAAACAUCUACGACAACUCGCAUAACCAAAUGGAGCUGGGGUUGGCAGCCAUGCCUCCCGAGCCAGAACGCACUAGUACUGGCGAUGAGCAACAGCAACUGGGGGAGACCAAUAUGGAUGGCGCCGAGGAUGAGGUAGUUUUGAGGUACAAGUCAAUUAAAUUUCUGGGUUAUACAGUGUUGGGUUAUCUCACGGUGGUUCAUGCGGUUGGGGUGACGCUGGUUUUAGCUUACGUGAGGAUUGUCUUGAGCGCAAGAGAUGUGCUGAAAAGGAAGGGCAUUCAGCUCUUCACGUUCUCCCUGUUCACCACGGUUUCCACCUUCGCCAGCUGUGGAUAUGUGCCGACAAACGAGAACAUGAUAGUUUUUGGCAAGAACUCGGGUCUGUUGCUGCUGCUGAUUCCUCAGGUGCUCCUGGGGAACACCUUGUUUCCUUCCUGCCUAAGAUUUUGCGUUUGGGUUUUGGGAAAAUUAGGGAAGAAGAAGAACAACAAAAGACUGGAGCAUUGUUCGAAUUGCAGCGAAUACGUGUUGAAGAAGAGAAGGGAGAUAGGAUAUCUGCAUUUGCUGCCCAGCCUGCAUUCGUGGCUUCUGGUGGCGACUGUGGUGGGGUUGAUAAUGGUGCAGCUGCUGGUGUUCUGCUGCAUGGAGUGGAAUUCGGGGGCCCUGAAUGGGCUCGACUCUUCUUAUAAAAAACUCGUGGGGGCUCUGUUUCAAUGCGUGAAUUCCAGGCAUUCUGGGGAAACUGUCGUAGAUCUUUCUAUUAUAUCGCCGGCCGUCCUCGUCUUAUUUGUCGUCAUGAUGUACCUUCCCCCAUAUACUUCUUUCCUACCAAGAAAGGAAAAGAAAGAGGAGUGUGCAGAGAUGGGCGAAAGGAAUAAUAAUAACAACAACAGCAGAAGAAGAAGGGGGAAGGGCGGGGUGGUGGUGGAGAACAUCCUAUUCUCUCAGCUCUCAUAUCUAGUCAUCUUCAUCAUCCUCAUUUGCAUUACGGAGAGGAAGAAGAUGAAAGAAGAUCCACUCAAUUUCAGUGUCCUUAACAUUGUGGUGGAAGUGAUUAGUGCUUACGGCAAUGUGGGAUUCACCACAGGCUAUAGCUGUGAGCGGAAACUGAAGCCAGACAGCAGUUGCCAGAAUAAAUGGUUUGGGUUCUCCGGAAAAUGGAGCGACGAGGGCAAAAUCAUUCUCAUUCUUGUCAUGCUUUUCGGGAGACUGAAGAAGUUCAAUAUGGAUGGAGGCAGAGCAUGGAAGCUCGUGUAAA